AUGAUUACAAAUAAUAUAUUAAAAAGAUCAUUAUACAAUGGUAUUAGAUUUAAUAAUACCAGAAAUUGUUUAAAUAUAAAUAAAUUAUCAACAACAGCAAUAUUAACAACAUCAGCAAAAUCAAAUUUAAACAAUCUUAGUUUUAGAAAUUAUAGUACAGAAAAUAACAACAUAAAUAAUAAUACAAAUAGUAAUAAUAUUGAUAAUUUUGAUAUUAAAAAUUAUAUUGUAGAUCCAAAUAAAAUUAAUAGUGCAGCAUCAAAUAAUAAUAUUUUGGAACCAACUAAAUUACCAACAGAUAACAUUGAUACAAUUACAAUUAAUUUAGAUAAAUUUAAAAUCAAUGAUCCAGAAUUAAUACCCAUCACUGGUAUUCCAACAUUUAUUGAAGUCUGUUUAAAUAAACUCCAUCAAUUUUCACAUUUACCAUGGUUAAUAAUUGUACCAACAUUUACAGUUGCACUUCGUUUAGCACUAUUUCCAAUUUCAAUAAAGAGUAGAGUAAAUUCUGCAAGAUUAUUAGAGAUUAAACCACAAUUGGAUAAAUUUAAAGAGCAACAAAAACUUUUACGUCAAAAAGGUGCACCACUCUCUGAAAGAGCCGAGGUAUCUGACAAAAUCACAACAAUAUUAAGAGAAAAAGGAUGUCACCCAAUUUACUCUUUCCUUUUACCACUUUCUAAUCUUCCAUUUUUAGUUAGUUCAGUUUUUGCUUUUCGUGAUAUGGCUGAAAACUAUCCAUCACUCAAAGACGCUGGAAUGUUGUGGUUCCCAGAUUUAGCUUCAUCUGAUCCAUUGUUUAUUUUACCAACAAUUUGCUCUGCAUUAUAUUUAUUAGCAACUGAGUUAGCAUUUGCAAAUAGUCAAUCAUUUUUAAUUAAUUUAGUUAAAUGGGUAUCAAGAAUCAUGUCAGUAUCAUUAAUAUUAUUUAGUCCCAGUAUUCCAGCAAUAUGUUAUUUAUAUUGGGUACCAUCAGCUAUCUUUACAAUUGCCCAAAUCCAACUCUUCAAUUCAAAUAAAUUUUUAAAAUUAUUAGGUUUACCACAAAAUAUUAAUUCGCAAAGUACAAAUAUUUUAAAUAUAUUUUCAAAUAAAGUAAAUAAAGAUAUUAAAUAUGCACCAGAACUUCCAAAU